UAAGAUUAUAUUUGAAGAUAAGUUUAUAUGUUUUCCAUACAGCAGGUGUCGCUAUUCAUUAAAAAAUUCUCCCCCUCAUAGGCUGGUAGAGGAUGGGCCUUCUCAGUGGACGGGUGAUAUAUGAAAGCACCGACAUCUCUUAGCCCUGUUUCUCCGCCACAUGUUCAGCAUCCGAACCGCCGCCACUGCUCUCUCUCUCAUUACCGUAGCCAGGAACAUGAGCUCCGCUGCUGGCUUCUCCGAGACUGCGGGGCCGAGUCCACGUCAGGGCGACCCGGAUGGCCAGUGCAGCCAGCAGCGUUGGUUUAGACUGCCCGCAGUCCCAGGCUUCGAGCCGCACCGGGUGAACGAGAUGCUGCUUCUCCGCCCAACUGCAGUUCUGAGUCGGUGCAGCUCUGAGACGCAUACCGCGGAAGAUGCGAGCCAGCAUGUUGUAUUUUUCCCAGGGGAUAUACAGAACUUCCAGCAGGAGAUGUCCAAGCACCAGGAGAAUGGGCAGUGGCAACACUGGAGCCUGGAGAGAGUGGCAUUGCUGCUGGGGCACCGCUUUCCUGGGCACCAUGUGUGGGUAGUGCGAGCGGCGCGCAUGUACCUGCACAAGUUCAGCUGCUAUGACAACUUUGUGGAGAGCAACCUGUUUGGGGCCCCAGAGCACUCGCCUAACCAUGGUGCCUUCCAGCACCUGAAGGGUCUUCUGAGCCAUGCCAUGGAACAAGCUGGCAUCCUGUUGCACCACUGUCCCUCACAGAACUCUCGCCCGUUCGCAAAUGGUUGUUCUGGCCCUAGCAAUGUGACCUCUGUGUCGUGUCCUUUGCCACCCAACCUCUCGCUGUCGCUGGUAGGCUUCAGCAAGGGCUGCGUGGUUCUGAACCAGAUGGUGUAUGAGCUGGCAGGCGCCAAGGCUGACCCAGAGCUUGCAGCCUUCCUAGCAAGUAUACGGGACAUGUACUGGCUUGACGGGGGGCAUCCAGGUGGCAGCGAGACAUGGGUGACGGACAGGAAGGUCCUGCAGGCUUUGGCUUCCAGCGGUAUCGGGCUGCAUGCCCACGUCACGCCCUACGAAGUGCACGACCCCAUGAGAGCCUGGGUGGGCCGGGAGCACCGGCGCUUUGUGCGGACACUGCAGGAGCUGGGGGCACCCCUGAUCUGCAAACUCCACUUCGAGGAUGAGCCCCCCUCGUUGGACAACCACUUCAGAGUCAUUCAGGACUUCUGAAGGGCCUGGAAGCACUCUGAGCCACUCUGGAUUCCAUUUAUCCUUCACUUUGAAUACUCCGCAUCUCAAACUGAGCUUCACGCUGAACCGUACCAGGGAGAACGUCUUUCUUUUUUUUGCUCAACAUGCCAUUGAAGAUUUUGCCCUGUGAGACUGCAGCUCUCACUUGGCUCAUCAUUUGGAAAAAGCCUGAGGGCAGCCCCAGCGGCUGGACAACCAGAUCAAAUGUGGGCAGUUUGUGCUUUCCAUGCAGAGCAGCAGAUAGAGCUUGACUGCAAGAGUUUAUGUUGAUGCAUAUAGCAAAAUUAAGUACUUUAUUUUUCUAAAUUGUGCAGAACUCUUUUUUUUUUUUACAUCUUCACAGGGAUGCCAUGUAUAUGUACUAUAAAUGUGAAGAAAAAAAUGAAUCUGGCAACCUUUCUUCCAGAAUUUGGGGAAGGUUAUAAAUACCUCAUUAUCUUUUUUUUUCCAUUUAAGGAAUCCUAAGGAUCAGUGCUUUGGCCUCAAGUGGAUAAGUGCUGUCCUGAGCUUACUUCCUGCUUCAAAGAGCUGUUUCUAGUUUUAUGGAUGACAUGCCUGUUUUUCCUCCAUGGUUGUUACCCAUGUUAAGUUAUUUGAUAUGGAUAGAUGUGCUUAAAAAAUACAACCUUUUACAAUGUAAAUCCUUAAAUUGUUCUAAGUGAUGUAAAAUGCACCUUACUUCCAUCCUCUGACUAAGAGAUGCAAACAACAGUUUCUCAUACUGUAUGUACUUGUACAUCAGCCAUGCUCUUCACAGGCAGCAUGAGAGAUAUCUGCCAGCUGGUACUCAGCUUAAAGACUAUCUGCUGACAGUCCCGGCAAAUGAAACCUAUCUAAGAGGAAAAUUAAAGACUCUGCAAGAUCCAUACUGAAUUAUGUACCACACAUCUGACUCCCUCCAUCGAGCCAGCAGCGCUUGAAGGACUAUCCCACCACACUUACAGAAGCUGAACCUGUGCUAUCAGCCCCCCCAAAAGCAUUUUUUCAUGUGUAAAAAUAAGAAUUAUUCAGUUUUUGAUUUAUUCUCAGCACACCAGUCUUGUGUAUGUCUGGUUUUGCCUUUAUUUUGUUGGGAUGUUUUUUUAACCGAGAGAUUUCUUAAGUUUAAAACAACACAGUUCCUUUACAAUGUGGUGGACGUUCACUCCAGGCCUGUUGUAUUGCUGGAGAAGAGGACCAGGCUGCCUUCUGUCAAAAAGCUCAGAGCCACUAAGAUGAAUCAGUGCCAGUGAAACGCACAUCUAUAGCUCUCCAUCCAUGCAGACGGUUCUAAAACUAAUAUUCACCUUGAACUCUUACAUUUUUUCACCUGGCAUUCACCUUAAAAAGCACAAGAAAAGAUUUCUCUCCUCUAUAAAAGGUGUAAAUAUUUGUAAUGGAAGAAAGCUUGUUCUGUUUGGUUGUUUUGGGAAAUGUUCUAUGGUGAUGAAAAGCAUUAGUCACUGAGGGUUCUAAUUGCUUUGCUGGAAAUUUUACUUAUUCAGCUGUUUAUGACUUUACAAGCAAUAGCAUUUGCAAUACAUUGAAGUGAGGUCUUAUGUAGAAGCCUUGACCACCCCCCCAAAAAAAUGCUGUUGUGCCCCUGCCCCUUGCAUUACCACAGCUCUGAACUAACAGAGGAGGUCAGGUGCAGUUUCCUAGAGACCUAAAAAGGUCAAGGAUUGUUUACUAGUAAUUCAGUGUGUACUUUAUUCUUUUUGCUUUUUUGCAUCGGUUUCUUCAGUGCAAUAAGGAACAUUGUUUACUUUGUAUACUGUUUCCCUGGGCAGGUGGGGAAGCAGGGGGAGAGGAAAGUCUCUCAGUGUCAUACAGAUAAAUAUAGGGUAUUUCUACAGCUGAGAAUGAAAGCUUUUGGACCUCAAGUGAAGAGUACAUAUUCCUGGAGCUCACUGUUUGCACUGUGUAUACUUUUAUUUCAGACUCUCUAUGUGUGAUAUACAGUAUACUGUAUAUGCAUUCACAGAUAUGCAUACACGUACCGUAUAAGAACAUAUUCUGGUAGCAAUGGCAUGUGUAUUAUAAACCAAAGUUUUAAUUUUGAAUGAAGUUACCAAAAUACUGUAUAUAACGAAUGUUGUUAGGAUAGUCAUUUUGGAAAUGCAGUAGAACGUCCUGUUGUCUUCAUGUCCAUUCUGUGUUUUUAAGCAUAGUCUACUUUGUUUUGCUGCUCCCAGCACUAAUUUGUCUUUCAUGACAUUUCAUUAAUUUGAAUCCAUUUGGAGAAUAGCUCCAAACCCUGUGUGGAGUUUGUAUAGUUCUCCCCACAUUCAUGUGAGUUUCCUCCUGGUGCUGCAGUUACCUCCUACAGUCGAAAAUAUACUGGUAGUUAUAUUAGCUUCUGGGAUAAUUGGCCUUGGUGUGAGUGUGUGUUGUGUCUGCAUGUGCCCUGGGUUAGUCUAGCGUCUGUCCAGGGUGUACCCAGCUGGCUCCAGCUCCCCUGUGACCCUUGGUUGGGAUAAAGCAGUUAGAAAAUGUCAUGGAGUCUGAUCCAGCAUUUAAUGGAGUUAAGCAUCAAAGUUUCGCGUCUCAGCUGGAAAGCACCUUGCUAAAAAAAAGUUUCCUUGACUGUUUUUUUAAAGGUAUAUCAAGUGAUUUUGUGGAAAAAAUGUUGAAAGUGAGGUUUAAAGUUUUACUACACAGGAGUGAUCCUAAAUGCACAAGUGAAAAGUUCAAUUCAGCAGUGGAUUCAAGAUGGAGUAUUGGCUUCAUAGUGCUGAGAUAAAAAGAUCUCAAUUAAAUAUGUUUUGUCUCUGCUGUUCAUAAGUCUUUUCAGAAUUAUUUCGGCUCAACUGUUUUUGUGUGGGUUGUGGGGGUUUCUGAUGACAAAGAUGGUUUUCAGAAUUGAACUGGAGAUGAUCACAUGUCUGUUUAAGGGUUACUAGACAUUUGAGAAACCUGACAUAAGUUUUUUUUUCUUAGAAAUGAGGUGAAACCUUAGGCAUUUCAUGGUUGUCUGCCUUGAGCUGUUUUGAAGGAGAAGGUGAUCCCCAUUCCUGAGAGAAGCAACUCCACCAGGCAGGAGGCCACUGUGUGUUUAAGCUGUGAAUGUUGUGAAAUAAUGCUCGCAGCAAGACUGUCUAUGGAAUGAAUAAAAAACAAGUAGCAAAAAAAAAAAUACAAUGGAAAUAAAAGCACAAGCCUUCCUGCGUUAUAAAUUGACUCCUGGCUUUGUAGAUCUCGGGGUGGAACAGGAAAAUGUGAAGCCUUAUCUUCCCGCAGGUUGCAAAGCAAACUGGUUUUGUUUGAACUGUGCUGUACUUAUUUUUAGUCUUGCCCCCAUGUACAAAAUGACAUUUUGACAUUUUGCCCGACAUUUGUUCUUUCGCAUACAUAUAAAUAAGAAACUGUAUAGUAUCUG